UGCGUCUUCAACCAUUGGAAUUUAUCGGUGACCAUGGUAGGACCUUCGCCUCAUAAGCCACGGCGAAAGGUCAAAAAAUCACACAAUGGCAGCGAGGUGUCAUCAGUCGCUCCAUCCUCAGCCCGCUCCACGGCGACUCGACCAACAUAUCCCCUCGCAGCCUUUCUCUGGCCGGCCAGGAGCUCGGUGUCACAAUGGGAGACUCUUCCUCUGAUAUUGAUGGCAGUAGGUCUCUUCAGAUGGGCUGCUGGUCUGUGGGGGUAUUCGGGGUUCCAAAGCCCCCCAAUGCAUGGCGAUUACGAGGCUCAGAGACAUUGGAUGGAGAUCACGACAAAAUUGCCCAUAUCACAAUGGUACUUUCAUGACCUCGAGUGGUGGGGCCUGGAUUAUCCACCCUUGACGGCAUAUCAUAGCUGGGUUCUUGGAAAGAUAGGGGAGUUCAUCGAUCCGUCAUGGUUUGCUCUGCACACCUCACGCGGUCUCGACGAUCCCACAUUGAAGGUCUUCAUGCGGGCUACAGUUAUUGUUUCCGAGUAUCUGGUCUGCAUACCAGCGGCCGUCAUCUUUGUGCGGCGACUGAGCAAGCUGCAGGGACUCAAUACAUGGGUUGCCUCGAUUGCUCUGGUCGCCAUCCUGAUGCAGCCAGCCACAAUUCUCAUCGACCAUGUCCACUUCCAAUAUAACACCGUCAUGCUUGGACUGGUACUGGCAAGCAUGUCCAGUGUGCUGGCCGGAAGGUUCAUGUGGAGCUGUGUCUUCUUCGUGCUGGCGUUAGGAUUCAAGCAGAUGGCACUCUACUAUGCGCCGGCCAUGUUUGCGUACCUUCUGGGAGUCUGUAUAUUUCCUCGACUCAAUAUCCCUAGAUUCCUCGGUAUUGCUGUUGUCACAGUCGCUUCUUUCGCUAUACUCCUUCUCCCUAUCUUUCUUGGCGCUCUCUAUGAUGCCCAUCGAGGCAUCGAUGCUCGGCCUGAGCUUUUUGGACACUUCGCCCCCUUACCUAUCUUCUCGGAAUACUCAUUCAAGAUCAAUCACAAAGCGUGGUACUAUCCGAUCAUACAGCAAUCUGCACAACUUGCUUAUCGCAUCUUCCCUUUCGCCAGAGGACUUUUCGAAGAUAAAGUCGCCAAUUUCUGGUGUGCUCUAAAUGUCGUCGUCAAACUCCGAAAGUACCCAUCUGAACUCCUUCAACGAGCAUCUCUGCUUGCUACCCUCGCUGCCAUCACACCACCCUGCUUCGUUAUAUUCACGAAGCCCCGCAAAGAGCUUUUGCCAUUGGCGUUGGCAACAACAGCCUGGGCGUUCUUUCUCUUUAGCUUCCAAGUCCACGAGAAGAGCGUCCUGCUGCCGCUAAUGCCAAUGACAGCUUUAUUAUCUGGCAAGCAUGGGCUUAGCAAAAGUAUUCGUGCUUGGGUUGGCUUUGCAAAUCUUCUUGGGGUCUGGACGAUGUUCCCGCUCCUUCAACGCGUCGAUCUGCGUAUUCCAUACUAUGUCCUAUCUUUCCUCUGGGCAUACCUUCUAGGCUUACCCCCAACCUCGUUCGCUGUCUACAAGCAGGAUGGUAAUCCCACUUUGGCGGGUUUCGCAACGGCCUCGGUGCAUUCAAUAUUCUAUGCCUUGAUGGGAGUUUGGCAUGUCGCAGAAGCCUUUAUCUUACCCCCUCAGGAUAAACCUGACCUUUGGGUAGUCAUCAAUGUAGGAGUAGGGGCUGCAGGAUUCGGUAUUUGUUAUCUAUGGUGUUUGUGGAAUCUCGUCGUCGAUAGUGGCCUUGCGGAUUUCUCAAAAUCGGGGAAGGAAAAAGCAAAAACGCAGUGAAUGUUCAUAGGUUCGACAUAUAUACCCAAAUAAGAUUUCUUUUCGCCACCGGGAAGCCCCUGUACACGGGCGCCUACUGUACCCAUCGCAAGUCUGCGAACUUCCUAGACGUUAGUUUGGCGUUCUUCAUC